CGAGCUCCGCUCUUGACAAAAGUGAUCGGUGUGACAAAUUGUCACGCACUAGUAGCCGGAGGCUGGCAAAUGCCUAAUUUUUUCGUAUAUUAUAUUACCAAACUCAAGGCUGAGAAUUCUGAGCUUAAAAGCAAAGUAGCAAAAUUAAGCUGUGAUUUCGAAAAAAUAAAAUCAAAGGGAAUAAUCACUGAUCUUCUGGAGCACUUGCCAAUUUCCUCAUUAGCCGAGAAAAAGACAGUAAGUGUUUCUACUGAAAUGGAAAAUUCUAACGAUACCCCCGAACCGAUAGACUUACAAACUGAGGAUGUUUCGGUAUCAGAUAUAUCCGAUAACACUUCAAAUUCUGGCGUUAGCCUAUCUCUGGUUGAUAAUACUUCUGAACAGAUAGUCUCACGUAAUGAGGAGUCUAACACAUCUAGCCACUCUGUGUCUGCCUCCAGCAAAUCUGAUAUAUACCAGGAUUCGGUAACCCCCACAUCUCCUAUUUCUGCAGAAACCAUAUCGUUGGAAGAGAAGGAAGAAAAUGAAUUUCUGAAUUUGCGGUAUAAGGAACAGGUUAGUAAAGAGAUAAUGGAAAGAAUUAGGGAGAAAAAACUUCGAGAUCAAAACUUAUCUUCAGAUAGAGGCGUAGCCUCAUUGCAAGGCAAUAAUACUUCAUCGGAAACAUCCUACGAAAAUCAAAAUUUGGAAUCAUCUAUAAUAUCGCAAUCUAUCUCUAAUAGUUAUGAGUUAUCUUCGGAUAGAGGCGUACCCUCAUUGCAAGGCAAUAAUAAUUCAUCAAACCAAUCUAAUUUAUCAUGUGAUCUAAAAAAUGUUAUAUUGGAAACGAAUCCAAAGGAUUCAACUGAGGUAAGUGGAGGGGAAACAAUCUCCCAGGUCUAUGACCCAUUAAACCUGAAUAUUUCAGAAAUAAGUUCUGAGUCCAAAUCGCCUACUAAUCUAUCGCCUAAUCAGAGGCACAAAGUGCUUUGCUCCGCAAAAAUUUCUUAUAAUCAAAAAGUAGAACGAGAUUUAAGACUCGAGCUAUUUAUUUGCAUCAAAGAUAAUAACCACAAGAUUAGUAAAGUAUUUGAUAUUCAGAUUUCUGAAUUCUCUUUAGAAACGAUUUUAUCAGGAUCUAGUAAGGUUACGUCACAAAAUAUAGUUGAUCUAUUUAGGGUAGCAAUGAAGAUUCGACAAAAGGAAACUAGUGCUAAAGCAUCUAUUGAUGACCAAUCGGCAAGAACGAUAGUGUAUAAUGAAAUAAAAUCGCUCCUUCCUGAUAUUACUGAUGCACAGAGUGCCAUUUCUUCCGAAAUAAAAGUGAUCGGUGUGACAAAUUAUUACGUGCAUAUGUCAGAUCUAUCUAGCUCAAAUGAUUCAUCAGCAGAGUUGGCACGGUUAAAAUUGCCAGAAAUCGAGGUGAGUGAGGAAGCCAAGAAAACUUUACCAGAAACUGAGGCAACAUAUACGGAAGAAACUGGCCUCGAUCCUUGGAUGGAUUCCAAACUCUCUGAAUCUUUUGAGGAAAAGACUUUAUUUGUACCGCGAGUAAAUGUUCAAUCUACACCAUCAAAAUGA